AUGUCAACGACCGCCAUAGACCGAGAAGCUCCGGCUGCUUUAGUCGCAGACACUGAUUGUUUCGUGAGAAAUCUUUCGUCUUUGGUAGACUCUGCUGACGAAGAUCAGUUUCAUGUCGAUGGUGUCUCAUACUUCUCACCAACUGAGCAACCCAUCAUCACCAUCGACAUCGAUAACGCACCCUCACCCCAUCAGAAGUUUGCCUUGUCCGUCAUUCGUAUCCCGACUGCCGGAACCGACAACGCCUCGCAACUCCGUCAACUUAUAGAAAGUCAUUUGGAGGUUGACGAUGUUUUCAGCGUGGGAUUCAUGAAAACCGUCCUCCUCGUCCCGUCAUCUGACAGUUCAAAACCCUACACCCUUGAUCCUUCAAUUACUGAAAUGCUGUCGACAAUAUUCAACACGACUACCCUGUACCUUCAUCAUUUUAUCAGUCCUCCAGCCUCGCAAACGCCUGGUAUCGUGAUGCGAUCUCUCCUCAUACCUAUGCAAUUUCAUUCAGGACCUUACUUGGGACAAAUCGACUCGGGAAGUUUAGAUGUCUUUCCUGUCUUCCGCCUAUAUCCUGAUGCGUACAGGACCUUCGUCGUCGGCGUUUAUCCCGUGACCAAUAGCACGAGCUACAAGACAUUACGACGAUUGGAUGAGAACGGAGACCUCCUCAUCCCUGUCCCAUCCAGGCUUGACACCAAAGCUUCGGCCCAAUCGUCACUACAGAUGGCCGGGCAGAGAGUAGCCGUGAAGGACAUCUACGAUCUAGAGGGCGUUCAUACAACUGCAGGAAAUCGAGCCUUUGGAAAGAUAUAUGGUACCGCUCGUGAUACCGCUCCAGUCAUCCGAAAGCUGGAGGACCUGGGAGCUGUUGUCGUUGGCAAAGUCAAGACUGCGAUGUUUGCAACCGGUGGCUCUACGAAUGAUGUCACCGUCAUUGAGCAAUAUCCAUUCUCCCCCCGAUCAGAUCUACAUCAAUCCGGCGGAGCUUCGUCAUCUGGGUCAGCCUGUGCAGUGGGUGCAUACGAGUGGUUGGACGCCGCCGUCGGCUCGGAUACUGGAGGUUCGGUGAGACUUCCAGCGGCUCUGUUAGGGCUUUACGGCAAUCGACCGUCUACAGGCGCACUCAGCCUAGACAAGGUGACCGCUCUAAGUUCCUACUCGGACACUGCGGGACUGUUCUCUCGACUACCAACACAGUUCACGUCAAACUUGCGCGCUUGGCUUCAUAAUUCUCCAUUGAACUUCCAGACCUAUAAAUCCCUGCCAAAGAAAAUCUAUUAUCCAACCGAUUAUCUCCCUCACGGUAGCCCCGAGGCUCGCAUGAUAGUCGAAGACUUCUUGACCCGUAUGGAGACAGUCCUAGGCAUGGAGCGCGUACCUCUCGACUUCGCUACUGAAGCAGCGAAGGUAGGUUACGACCAGCAGGGGUUCGGGGAUCUGCGGAAGGCAUAUCUGACGGUGUCUCGAUGGUGGCAGUGGAACCAUGUCGGAAAGCAAUUCGUAGAGAAGUAUGGAGAAUUGAACGGGGGGAGAUAUCCACCUCUUGAUCCCAAGAGUCGCGAUGCCUGGGUAUUGGGACGUACUCUCACGCUGGAAGACUACGAAGGUGCCGUCAAGCAAUUGAGGGAGUUCGCUCGAUGGUUCAGCGAGGGGAUCCUGGGAAAAGACGAUGAAAGCGGAUCUAGAGGAAUCUUCGUGUAUGACAUUGGUACUGGUGGUUUACCUAACUACCGAGAAGCAACGUUGAACGAUGGAGUCAACGCCAUCACUCCCCUCCUCUCGCCCGGUUCAAUUGCGUCCUCGGCGGGAUGUCCAGAUAUCACCUUACCUAUCGGUCAAGCAAGGUUCACGAGUGUCAUAUCCGGCAAAGAAGAAAUGAAGCCAGUGACCAUCAAUCUAGUAGCCCCCCCUGGUACAGACCUCAUGUUACUCGAUGUGAUAGAUCGGCUCGCGCAAGAAGGUUUGUUGCGUGAGGUCAAAACUGGUCGGACGGCUUUUUAA